AGAGAGAGAGACAGACAAGUGUACAUAUGUAGAUCUAUAACAGCUGACUGUGGUUAAGUGUAUGCACACACACAUUUGAGAGAAACAUCAGACAGACAUGAUACAGCAGUGAAUAAACUUCUGUCAGUGAGAAAGAAGAAGCCUCGGCCAGGAGGCUGCUUCAGCCAUGGCCGACCCUCCAACAUCUCCACCUGAGGAUCUCAACAAACUCAGUUUCUGGAUGCCAGGAAAUUAUGAGCGAACAGUUCGGAGAACAUCAGAGUCGUACCAAGCAUGUAAGGACAUCAUAGCGUGUAUGAAGGACCGGGCUCAAGUCGAGCGGCAGUACGCCCGACAACUGACCGAGUGGAGCAAGAAAUGGAAGUCGGUCACUGACAGCAGGCCGCUGUACGGGUCGCUCAUGCGAGCGUGGCAGUGCUUUUUCUCGUCCACCGAGCGUCUGUCCACCCUGCACACAUCCAUUGCCCAGUCUCUGGUGACAGAUGAUGGAGAGCGCAUUCGCUCUUGGCAGAAGGAGAUGUUUCCACGAAAAAUGUUCUGUGGUUUCAAAGAGUCACAUGACCUUGGGACGGCUUUUUCACGUGCUCAGAAGCCCUGGGUGAAAAGAUUAAAAAAGCUGGACAAGGCUCGUGCGGUUUAUAAUAAAUCAUGCCAGAGGGAACUACAAGCUCAAGACAAAGAGAAUCAAGCAAAACGCAACGCCAAUCUGAGCGAAAGCAAGCUGUCCAAGAUACAGCAGAAGAAAGAGAAAGCAACGCAAGAACGCAACAAAGCACGUGACCGCUAUGAGAAAGUUUUGGAGGACGUUACUGGUUUUGCACCACGAUACAUGGAGGAAAUGGAGUCUGUGUUCGACCAAUCACAGGAGGAGGAGAGAAAGAGAAUCAGCUUUCUAAAACAAACCUUCCUGUCCAUACACAGACACCUCGAUAUCACAAACAACGAGAGUAUUAAAGCUGUUUAUGGUGAACUCCAUCACACGCUCAUGUCCAUCAGUGAGCAAGAUGACCUGCGCUGGUGGAAAAACAACCAGGGGCCGGGAAUGCCCACCGACUGGCCUAAACUAGAGGAAUGGAUUCCUCCAGUUAAAAAGCAUAAGGCAAAGAAGAAAGAAAAACCACAGAGAGCAACAGACGAUAAGGCGGUCAUGAUCGGAGGCGUGCGUGUUCGAGCGCUGUAUAAUUACGUUGGAGCAGAAGAGGAUGAAUUGUCCUUCAGAGCAGGUGAAGAAUUUCUAAAGGUGGAGGAUGAAGAUGAUCAGGGUUGGUGCUGGGGGGUGAAGGAGGGCGGAGAUGAAGGAUAUUAUCCAGCCAAUUAUGUGCUGCCUGUGCAGUGAUGUUACACAGCAGAGUGAUUAUUUACUGAUAUUAUAUACAGUGCCACUAAAAAAUAUUUAGACAUUUAAGUCACAUUUAACCCCUUAACUGUCACCAUCUUUUUGUGUGCGUGUGUGUGUGUGGGGGGGGGGUGAUGUUCACAUUUAAAUAAGUAUAUUGGGAUUCUUUAGUCUAGAAGCCUAAUCUUGGUCUCUUUUUAAAAAAGACACUUUUCACUGAAGUGUCUGAAGUUGUUAAUAUUAAUUUACAAAAUUUGAUUUGUUUGAUUAAGUUUAUUUAAAUAUACAAAAAGAACACUAUAAAGUAUAUAUUUAAAAUGAAAAAUCUAUCCAAAUGUAAAUAUUUUUGCCAAAAAAUGUUAAAAGAAAAUAAAGCUAUAAGUCACCUAGUUUUGAUCAAAAUUUAAAUGUAAAGGUUUUUGUGACACUUUAGUAGAUUUACCAACAACGGCCACUAGGUGUCAUUAAUUUGUUGAAAACUCUUGUCACAAAUUUAUGCAUUUCUGUCAAUGCAUAAUAUUUCGUGCAAAAAGGUUUUGAAAUAUGAAAACUGCAUUCUUAGAGAUUUCUGAUGAUAUAUAGUUUGUCAAGAUUAUUUUAGUUUUAGAAUAAGUUAUUAUCUGUAAUAGUUACGUAAACAAUUUUGGCCCACCUGGGUUAAGUCACACAAAAUAAUAAAGCAAAUAAAUCAGCUUUGGUCAGAAAUUGUACAUUUUUAAGCUAUUUUUGAAAUGAAUUGCAAAGUGAUUUUUUUUGUAGUGAAAAGACAAAAAUAGUAUAGAUAAGGAAGUAUAUAGAUAGUUUAAAAAGGACGACAUGUGAGGUGUAAUUCACUACAUAAACUAUUGAUGUGUUUUGCUAAUGUUUGUCAAACAGAGCGUCUAUACGUUUUUUUCUCAUUUUUGUUUAUAACCUCACAAACUUUAUUUAGUAAAAUAUUCUUCUUGACCAAUUGUGCUAACUUUAAAAUAAAUGUCAUUAAAUUUGAUAUUUUGUUAUAAUGCAAUACAUUUAUGUGUGACUUAAGUGUCCAAAUAUUUCUGAGGCCGUGCUCCUCUGAAACAAACUAUAACAAGUGUCAGCAGACCAAAAUCACAAUAAAAUACCAUUUCUCUUUAA